AUUUUUAGUGCUUACUUGUUCCAUUUUACUUCUAUCAAUGAUGCUCUUGUCACACCAUUUAUUAGAAACUGUACAAAAAUAAUUAACACACUAAAAUACAAGGCAACAAGAACCUUCUUGUUAGCUCCUUGUUUGGUCACACGAUAUAUAAUAAUAUCACCAAGGAGCAUGAUUUCAACUGCAAUGGCCAUCCACAUUCAACUGCAAGAUAUCAUACUGUUUUUCCUCGGAUUAUUUGUUGGUACUAUUUCAUGGAGAUUUUUCAGUACCUAUGUGUUCAGAAAGAACAGUUGCCCCGGACCACCAGAACCAGCUGGAAAAUGGCCUUUAAUCGGUCAUCUUCAUCUUCUGGGAGCAAACAAGAUAUUGCAUCAUACACUUGGAGACAUGGCUGAUCGAUACGGGCCAAUUUUCUGUUUGAAUUUGGGGACUAAAAGGACUCUUGUGGUCACUAGUUGGGAAGUUGCAAAAGAAUGUUUUACAGCACAGGACCGGGUUUUCGCCACUCGUCCAAAAUCUGUAGUUGGCAAAGUAGUAGGAUAUGAUAGUAGAGUUAUGAUAUUUCAGGAAUAUGGAUCAUAUUGGCGCCAGAUACGUAAGCUAGCAAUGAUUGAGCUUCUGUCAAAUCGUCGACUGGAGAUGCUCAAACAUGUUAGGGAAUCAGAGGUUAAUCUUUUCAUCAAGGAGCUGUAUGAGCAAUGGUCAAGAAAUGGGAAUGGAAGCAAGGUUGUGGUGGAAAUGAAGGAAAAAUUUGGAGAUCUGACAACAAAUUUUGUGGUCAGGACAGUGGCAGGUAAAAUUUAUUCCGGGACUGGUGUGCAGGGGAAUGAAGAGUCGAGGCGAUUUCAGAAGGCAAUGGCAGAUUUUAUGCACUUAGCCGGGCUGUUUAUGGUUUCUGAUGCACUUCCCUUACUAGGUUGGAUUGAUACGUUGAGAGGAUACAGGGGGGAAAUGAAGAAGUCCGCGGAAGAGAUUGAUCUUGUACUUGGAAGCUGGUUGAAGGAGCAUCAGCAGAAGAGAAACAAUAUCAGCAUUAAUCGUUUGGACGAAGAUUUUAUUGAUGUCAUGCUCUCUGCUAUGGAGGGGAACCAGUUUCCUGACAUCGACACUGAUACUGCCAUCAAGGGCACUUGUUUAAGUCUUAUCUUGGGUGGUUAUGAUACAACAUCAGCCACACUUAUGUGGGCACUCUCCCUAAUGCUGAACAACCGUCAUGUGUUGAAGAAAGCACAGGAUGAAAUGGACAAAUAUGUUGGAAGAGAUCGCCAAGUCAAGGAAUCAGAUGUGAAGGAUUUAACCUAUUUGCAAGCCAUUGUCAAGGAAACACUGCGAUUAUAUCCAGCAGCACCACUAUCACCCCAACACGAAGCAAUGGAAGAUUGCACGGUGGCAGGAUAUGAAAUUCCAGCUGGCACACGAUUAGUUGUGAACCUCUGGAAGAUUCAUCGUGACCCUAGAGUUUGGUCUGACCCUCUAGAGUUUCAACCAGAGAGGUUCUUGCAAAAACAUGUGAAUGUGGACAUUUGGGGUCAGAAUUUUGAGCUUUUACCAUUUGGAUCAGGACGGAGGUCAUGCCCUGGUAUCACAUUUGCGAUGCAGGUCCUGCAUUUGACACUUGCUCAAUUGCUUCACGCGUUUGAACUGGGAACUGUCUUAGACUCAAACAUUGAUAUGACUGAAAGUCCGGGUAUUACUAAUCCAAAAGCAACUCCACUGGAAGUUACUCUCACCCCGCGACUGCCUCCUGAAGUCUACUAAUAAAACAUCACCUUCAAUAGCUAUAGAUUCCCUUGAUGAUACAAAGUUGGGCUAUCCGUAAAAUAAGCGACAAAAGUGAUCUUCUGCAUCACUUAAUAGCAGAAAAUGUGAACAUUGUAUGAGGCUCUAAAUGAUGUACAAUGGUUUUAUGUUCAUUUUAUAAAGUUUCAGCUUCUUAAAAAUUAAAGAAUGGUGCUGUAUUUAACUGAAAAAUAAGUACAACAAUCGUUCCUUUUC